GCACGACUUCCUCGAAACGCCCGACACUCGACAGAAAAACCACACGAAUAUUUGGAGAUAUUUGCGUUUUGGAUUGUUGUUAUUAUUAUUUUGAGAGUUUGAGGUCGUUAUGUCAGGUGAAAAGGAGCUGACGAACGGAGAGCAGCUUAUGGCAAAAGACCAGGACCUGAGCAAAGCCAGGGAGGAGCUGGAGAGAUGGAAAAAAAUGGUGGAGACCGCAGAAAGAGAAAAAGACAAGUUGAUGCUGGAGAAACUUGAUUCCGAUGAGGCAAAGAAAAAAGCGCAGCAGGAGGUCACGAAUUUGAUGACUGCUGAAGAUCAACUUGCAGGCAGAUUCAACGAUAAGUUAAAGGAUAUACAGGCAAAAAUCAAUACUGUGACAAAAGCCAAUCAGGACCUGCAGAAAAAACUACAGCAAUAUAAGGAGCAGCUGAAAAAUAAGCAGGCUGAAACAGACACCUUGCAGAAGAGAUUUAAGAUCAAAGCUGAGAUCCCUGAGAAAAGAAUGAGAUUCACCCACAUCGAACAGGAGGAAGAUGAGAGUGAUGAGAAAGAGGCUCAGGAUAUCAAGGGAGUCUUUACCAUCAUCCAGAGACCUUCCUUCGUGUUGAAAGGAUGUGAAGCUCUCAUCACCUUUGAGGAAGAGAAAGUGGCGGAUCAGAUCCUCAGGCUGCCGAAGUGCACUGUGGCCUGCGACAAAACCAAGAGUGAGGUGAAACCAGGCACCAUCACUCUCGAGCCCUCUGCGAAAUUCGAGGUGCAUAUUACGGUGUCCAAGAGGACCAUUGAGUUCUCAAAUGCUUUUGCGUUUUGUCUGCCUGAGGAACGUAUGAGAGACCGCUUGGAGCUAGGCUUCUCCAAACCAAGCCGCGGAGGAGGCGAGGUGGAGAGAAUGAAAUACGACGAGAAGACCGGAGCAGGCCGCAUUACCUUCCUCAAUACUGGAGCAGUCCCAUGGGCCAUCCCCGUUGUCAGCAGUGUGCACCACCACCACCGACGAGACUCUAACCAGAGGCAGGGCAUCAGGGAAGAUAAUGCAGGUGCAGAAAAAAAAGAAGUGGUCACACUGGGAGCUCGGUGUAGCAUUGGUAGCUCAUCAGAAAGAUCUUGUCUACCAAAGGACAGUUCAGUAUUCAGAUUCUAAAACCAAAUAAAUAAAAUGUACCUAUAGUUCUAUAGCAUCUCAUCCUCAAUACAUAACAUAGUCACUGUCUUUAAAGUUAAAACACUUUAGGAAAGAAUUUCUGGGAACGAAUGCUGGAUUCUGCUAAAUCCUUCGAUAACACAAUAAAAGAGGACCCGAGUCAUGUAGAUGAUAAUGAUCUCCAGCUUGGUUUUGGAUAUGAUUCAGAAUAGACCGGCACAGAUCCGUUUCCAGCAUCCUUCAUGUGAUCGAAAGUUAUACAGAUAUUUCAAACAAUAAACUGGUACAGAUACAGUACGUAUAGAAAGUGUGUCUCUCUCGCAAGCUCGUAUUCAAGCGAAAGAAAGAACACUUCACAUCUCCCCCCCCUGCAUUCUUUCUUCUCUCAUUUUUUCCUCCAUUUGCAGUUGCAGAGAAUUUGACACUGAGGGGAAAUUUCUACAUCGAUACCCCCGAGGCGAUGGAAGUCACCGUGGAGCCGUCGUAUAACUACGAGCU